AUGCGACAUGUCAUGCCGGGUGUACCGGACAUGGCUAGUGUCAGGCCAGAUCCUGUCACGGAACCCACGAUACACGGACGCAUGCUGCAUGUGCAGCAGACUGACAGCCAUGGUGCGGGCGGGUGCGGGAACCGCUGGGGCCGUCUUCGCGGAGGAUGGUGGGUUGAAGGCAGGGAUGGUGAGCUGGGAGAGUCAUUCGCCAUCCUCCUGCAUCUCCUCUUCGCCCACUCCACUGCUCCUUUCGCUCGCUCUUGA